AUGGAUGGUUCAGUCAUCGAUAAAUUCUGGACUCCGGACACAUUUAUCACGAAUACUAAAGAGGAAAUACUGCACCACACACCCAAACAAAACACGUUAUUCCGUGUCUCAAGUAAUGGUGACGUCAUGUACAGUAUCAGAAUGACUUUAAUUGCAUCGUGUCAUAUGAAUCUCAAGUAUUUCCCUUUUGAUGUCCAGAAAUGUGGCAUUGAAAUAAUGUCGUAUGCUUAUACCACCCGUGACAUACAGCUGAACUGGUUCGAUGAAGACACAAAUUCGAUUCAAGUAGACGACACAGUCACACUGCCUCAAUAUAUUCUCGUGGGGUGGCACUCUGGGGAUUCAAUUAUCGCCUAUAUGACGGGAAAUUACAGCGCACUGACCGCACAUUUCUUACUAGAACGACAGAUUGGGUUUUAUUUGUUGCAAGCCUACAUACCAAGUUCUGCAUUAGUGACGAUAUCUUGGUUGACACUGUGGAUCGACCCGUCAGCGUCCCCCGCUAGAGCUACACUGGCUAUCACCACGGCACUGGCUCUGAUUACACAGUCUACCUGGCUCAGAAGUGAGAUACCUAAAGUGGCCUAUGUAACGGCAAUUGAUAUUUGGCUAUCGACGUGUCUGCUUGUAGUCUUCCUCAUACUACUGGAGUAUGCAUUGGUCUACUUUUUACACAAAACAGCUUCUGAGCGCCAUAUCAGUGCGCCAUCAACGGACAAAUGCAUAUGCAAGGAAAGCAACGGUUCGACACCACACUCCGAGUUACAAUUGCAACCAGACAGUAACGCGCCUUCAACAGUUUCUCUUGAUGGAUCUCGCUUAAGUGUGUCCUGUGUAAGUUCACGUGGGGACGUGGUGAAUCACAUCAGGACAAACCGCUUUGAUGAUGUAGACUUUAAGAAAGUCAGCCAAAGAGUGGACAAAGUUUGCAGAGUUGUAUUUCUGUUAGCGUUUAUUAUAUUUGCUAUAGGUUAUUGGAUAGUUUACCCUCUCACUAUCGUGCAAUGA